AUGACUAUUCUAACAUGGCUGUCCGCAGCGGCGGCGCUGAUGUCACAGGUUGUCGCAAUGACACCUGAGCAAAUGAUUUCAGCUCCUCGAAGAAGCGAAGCCGUCCCAAAUCCAUCGGGAAAAUUUGCGUUUUUCUCUCUCUCCCAAUAUUCAUUCGAAGAGCACAAGACGGUCAAAAGUGAAUGGAAUUUGCUUGAUUUAGAGUCAGGAAAGACCAGUCUUCUCACCAACGAUCCCGAUGUGUCGGAAAUCAUUUGGCUGGGAGAAAAGGAUAUCAGCGUUCUCUACAUUAAUGGUACUAAUUCAGAGGUUGCAGGUGGUGUUGAGUUGUGGGCUUCUGAUGUCACAAAUUUUGGAAAGGGAAGCCAUAAAGUCGCCUCAUUCGGUGGCCGAUUACAAGGCCUCAAGGCUGUUAAAACAAAACAUGGUGAUAUCAACUUUCUGCUCUAUGGUCAAUCGACAAGUGACGGCAAGCUUUACAAUCCAACCUUGGCGCCGAAGCAACUUAGCUCUGCUCGUAUUUAUGACAGUCUCUGGCCUCGCCACUGGGACACUUGGCUGACCACAGAAUUCAAUGCUGUUUUCUCUGGCUCCUUGAAGAAAGGAUUCGGCGGGAAAUACAUUUUCGACGGGAAACUCAAGAAUCUUGUUGCUCCCGUAAAAUAUGCCGAAUCUCCCUACCCACCUUUUGGAGUCUCAUCCGACUAUGACCUUUCACCAGACGGCAAGACUGUUGCCUUCAUGAGCAAGGCCCCUGAGCUGCCCAAGGCCAACUACACUACUAGUUACAUCUACGUUGUUCCUCACGAUGGUGCUUCGACUGCUGUUCCCAUCAACGGUCCUGAUAGUUCCGUCGCUGCUGACGGCAUCGUGGGUGCUUCAUCCAAUCCUGUAUUCUCCCCGGAUAGCAAAAAACUGGCAUAUUUCCAAAUGGAGGAAUACAACUAUGAAUCUGACCGUCGGGUUAUCUACGUUGCCACCUUGAGCAAUAAAAAGAUUGUCAGCAUCGCCAGCAACUGGGACAGAUCUCCAGAAUCCAUCAAAUGGACACCUGAUGGAGCCAACUUUUAUAUUUUGUCUGAAGAUCGCGCUCGUAGCAGACUAUUCACCCUGCCUGUCAACGCAGGUACAGACUACGUACCCAUAAACUUCACGGACAACGGUAUGGUAAGCGCGUUUCACUUCCUCAAUAACUCGCCAUCCGUUCUUACCACUACCUCCACCCUCUGGUCAAAUUCCAUCUACGCAAUUGUCGCUCCUGAUGGGAAACCAAAAGUCCUCUUCUCCGCCAACGAACACGACCCGGAAUUGGCGGGAUUAGGCCCUGAGGAUAUUGACGAAUUUUACUAUGAGGGUUCCUGGACCAAGGUCCAAGCCUGGAUUGUGAAGCCGGAAGGUUUCAACAUCAAAAAGAAAUAUCCACUCUCCUUUCUUAUCCAUGGUGGUCCUCAGGGGUCGUGGGGAGAUUCGUGGAGUACUAGAUGGAACCCCAAGGUUUUCGCCGAUCAAGGCUAUGUCGUUGUGGCUGUUAACCCAACUGGCAGCACAGGCUUUGGAGACGAAUUCUGUGAUAGAAUUCAAAACGACUGGGGUGGAGCUCCCUACGAGGAUCUUGUCAAAGGUUGGGAAUAUAUUCGUGAUAAUUUUGACUAUAUUGACACGGACAAUGGCGUUGCCCUCGGUGCUAGUUAUGGUGGUUUCAUGGUCAACUGGAUUCAAGGAAAGCCGCUUGGUCGCAAAUUCAAAGCGCUUGUCUCCCAUGACGGUUCCUUCGUUGCGGAAAACAAGAUCUCCACUGAUGAAUUAUUUUUCAUGGAACAUGACUUCAACGGCACCCUCUGGAACAACCGCAAAAAUUACGAACGCUUCGAUCCCUCAGCGUCAGAGAACAUUCUCCAAUUCUCCACCCCGCAACUGGUCAUCCACAACGAGAAUGACUUCCGCCUUGCCAUUUCCGAGGGCCUUGCCCUCUUCAACGUGCUCCAAGAACGCGGCGUCGCCAGUCGCUUCCUCAACUUCCCAGAUGAGAACCACUGGGUACUCAAACGGGAGAACAGCUUGGUGUGGCAUCAGCAAGUCCUUGGUUGGAUUAAUAAGUACUCCGGUAUUGCAGAUAGCAACCCUGAUUCCGUCAAGCUGAGCGACACUGUUGUGCCUGUGGUGGAUAUCGAUGCUGGGCCUAAUAUCUAA